UUGCGGAAUUCAGAAAUAUGAAAACCGGUCUACGGUCGUAUAUCCCCUACUCCACUAACCGGCGUAAAUGAGGAUGAGUUUUAUUCAAGUCAAUACACACAUAAGACUAACCCUGACGUUUGCAGGACUUCUCCAGAAUAGUAAUGGAGCACAACAAAGAGUGAAUUGCUGGCGAGCUGUACGGCAUUGUCGGGAGACAAGUGAUUUUUACGAGCGAUCGGUACUUGUCGAUCUCUGGAUACUCUUUCUAAUAUUGUUUUGUAAGUUAUUUUUUUUCGUACGAGAUGAAUUUUUUUAAAUGAACAUUAAAUAAAGUGUCUUUUGGCGUCGAGCAUUGUUUUUCUAAUAUUUUUAAAUAUUCUAUAGCAAAGAUUUAAUGAAUCAAGUUUGAAAAUGGGGAUGAGACCAGGAGCAAUAAUUUUUCUGCUAUUGCUGAUAAAAUUAUCGGCGGGCACAUUGAAUUUAGAUUUACUAGCGAGCUACGGACUCUGGGAUAGCUGGCAUAUCCGAACUGUUCCGGUUCCACAGGCCAAAUACGAUUUCAUCAUCGUCGGCGCCGGUUCCGGAGGCUCGACUUUAGCAAAUCGAUUAUCAGAGAAUCCAAAUUGGCGGAUUCUGCUGCUGGAGGCUGGUAAGCCUGAAGGAAUAUUCAACCAAGUGCCUCUCAUUGUGAGUUUUUUUCAACAUACGGAUUAUAACUGGGGGUACAAACUCGAGCCUCAGGAUAACGCAUGCCUUGGGAUGGAGAAUCGUGUGUGCCCUUGGCCCAGAGGUAAAGCCUUGGGUGGAUCCAGUACUAUCAAUUAUAUGAUUCACACGAGGGGCAACAGACUCGACUACGACCACUGGGCUCAUUUGGGAAACUACGGAUGGUCCUAUGAGGAUGUACUUCCGUAUUUCAAGAAAAGUGAAAAAUUGAGAAUAUCCGAUUCGUACAAUGCAUCUUAUCACGGUACAACAGGAAAGUUGAGCGUUGAGCACGCACCAUACCACACACCGAUCUCCAGAGCAUUCUUAGAGACCGGAAGACUGAUGGGCUACAACAUCUUGGAUUACAAUGGACCAGAGCAAGUCGGUUUCUCUUAUCUCCAAUUAAACAUGGAUCGUGGCGCUAGGUGCAGCGCAUCGAAAGCCUAUCUCAGCUUCAACCCUUCGAAUUUAGACAUUAUCACGGAGGCAAUGGUGACGAAAGUCCUAAUCGACAGUAAAAACCGCGCAUACGGUGUGAAAGUCGCGAUAAAGAACAUGAACUACAAAAUCCUAGCAGCAAAAGAAGUUAUCCUAUCAGCGGGGACAAUAGACAGUGCCAAACUACUGAUGUUAUCUGGAAUUGGACCCAGAGAACAUCUAGAAGAACUCGGAAUUAAUGUCCUCAAAGACGCUAAAGUCGGAUACAAUAUGUACGAGCACGUGGGGUUCCUUGGCCUGACGUUUCUGGUGAAUGACAGUGUCAGCUUGACAGCAAAUACUAUUUUCCAACUAGAAGAGAUGUGGAGGUACGCGAUUGACAGGUCAGGCCCAAUUUCCAUUCCUGGUGGAGCCGAGGCUCUUGCAUUCCUCCACACCAAGUACUCGACCGAUUCUCGUCCGGAUCUUGAACUGCUGUUUGUCGGGGGAUCAUUGAAUUCAGAUGGUGACGUUGCUAUUCGAAAAGGCCUGGGUAUAUCGGAUAAUCUGUACAAUGCGGUCUACAAGCCGAUUGAGAAUGUAAACACUUGGUCAAUCUGGCCGAUAGUUCAACGUCCAAGAAGUCACGGGCGAAUAAAACUGAGGUGUGCCGAUCCUUCGGUUCCACCGAUUCUCGACGCCAAUCUUCUUGACGAUCCUUACGAUAUUGAGAUCAUACUAGAAGGCAUCAAGAAGGGCAUGGAGAUAUCUCAAGCUGAGCCCUUUCAGCGGUAUAACAGCAGAAUUCACGACAUUCCAAUUCCAGGUUGCAGCGGAUUUAUGUUCGCCUCUGACGAUUAUUGGCGUUGUGCUAUUCGCCAUCUGCCGUCAUUAAUGGAUCAUCAGAUUGGGACAGUAAAAAUGGGACCUGCGUCUGAUCCAUCGGCUGUGGUAGAUCCUGAGCUGCGGGUGUAUGGAGUUGAUGGACUGAGAGUCGUCGAUGCUUCUAUCAUGCCCACGAUGCCAGUAGGUCACAUUAACGCAGGAAUUUACAUGAUUGGAGAGAAAGCCGCCGAUAUGAUCAAACGCACGUGGACCACACCCAAGAGUCAUCGAUGUUUUUGAUAGAUUUCAAUAGAUAGAACACCGUCCGUACUACGUUUAUCCCGCUCAUGAGUUUAUGGACCAAAUCAAAUGUUUUGGAGCGAGUAUUAUUGAUCGCGUAUUGAAUACAAAUGACAAUUGAGGCAAUAUUGACGUUUUCUUAUUUCAUGUUUACUGGA